AUGGAAGAAACAUUUGUUCCCCUACGUGGGAUCAAGAAUGACCUCAAAGGAAGACUUGUGUGCUACAAACAAGAUUGGACCAGUGGAUUCCAGGCAGGCAUCAGGAUCCUUGCCCCAACUACAUAUAUCUUUUUUGCUUCAGCCAUUCCGGUUAUCUCUUUUGGGGAGCAACUAGAGAGAAAUACAGAUGGAAGUCUAACUGCAGUGCAGACCCUUGCAUCAACAGCACUAUGUGGUAUUGUCCACUCAAUUUUUGGAGGGCAGCCCCUCCUCAUACUAGGUGUAGCUGAGCCAACAGUUCUGAUGUAUACAUUCCUGUACAACUUUGCAAAGGAUAGAAAGGAUUUGGGGCACAAACUAUUCCUGCCUUGGACUGGAUGGGUGUGUGUUUGGACUGCCCUGUUGCUCUUCUUGUUGGCCAUUCUUGGUGCAUGCUCUAUAAUCAACAGAUUCACACGCCUUGCUGGCGAACUAUUUGGCUUGCUAAUUGCAAUGCUCUUUAUGCAGCAGGCUAUAAGGGGACUAGUGGAGGAGUUUGGUGUACCCCAGACCCAGAGAGAAGGUACCAAUCAGAUUGCACUCCAAUCCUCUUGGCUGUUUGGCAAUGGAAUGUUUGCUUUGGUUUUGUCAUUUGGCCUUCUGUUUACUGCACUAAGAAGCCGUAAGGCUAGAUCCUGGCAUUAUGGGACAGGUUGGUUGCGGGGAUUUAUAGCUGAUUAUGGAGUCCCUCUAAUGGUUCUUAUGUGGACUGCUGUGUCUUAUUUACCGGCCAAUAAGGUUCCAAGGGGAAUCCCAAGGCGACUUUUCAGUCCAAAUCCAUGGUCUCCUGGUGCAUACUCAAAUUGGACUGUAAUUAAGGAAAUGUUGAAUGUGCCUCCCAUCUAUAUUAUUGGAGCAUUUAUACCUGCAACAAUGAUUGCUGUGCUUUAUUACUUUGAUCACAGUGUUGCAUCACAACUUGCCCAGCAGGAGGAGUUCAAUCUAAGAAAACCGUCAUCUUAUCAUUAUGACCUUCUCCUUUUGGGCUUCUUGACAAUAUUGUGUGGACUUAUUGGCAUCCCUCCUUCCAAUGGCGUGAUUCCACAAUCCCCAAUGCAUACUAAAAGCUUAGCUACUCUAAAACAUCAGCUCUUGAGAAAUAAGCUUGUAUCUACUGCACGAAGAAGCAUGCAGAAAAAUAUGAACCCGAGUCAGUUAUACCAAAGUAUGCAAGAAGCAUAUACUCAAAUGCAGACUCCAUUAGCCCGCCAAAUACCACCAGCCUUGGGGCUAAAGGAGAUGAAGGAAUCCACCAUCCAACUGGCUUCAAGUCAUGGAUACAUUGAUGCACCUGUUGAUGAGAUUGUUUUUGAUGUGGAUAAGGAUGUUGAUGACCUUUUGCCAGUUGAAGUUAAAGAACAGCGCGUCAGCAAUUUGCUGCAGGCAUUGAUGGUCGGAACUUGUGUUGCUGCUAUGCCUCUUUUAAAGAAGAUACCAACUUCAGUGCUUUGGGGUUACUUUGCUUUCAUGGCAAUUGAAAGCUUGCCCGGAAAUCAGUUUUGGGAAAGAAUAUUAUAUCUUUUCACUGCUCCAAGUCGAAGAUACAAAGUGCUGGAGAAACACCAUGCGACCUUUCUGGAGACCUUGCCCUUCAAAACAGUUGCAAUGUUUACCUUGUUCCAGAUAGCUUAUUUGCUUCUCUGCUUUGGUCUUACAUGGAUACCAAUUGCUGGGGUCCUUUUCCCAUUGUUAAUCAUGCUUCUUAUCCCAGUACGGCAAUAUUUCCUUCCCAAGUUUUUUAAAGGAGCCCAUCUUCAAGAGUUGGACGCUGCAGCAUAUGAGGAAGCACCUGCUAUUAGUUUCAACUUGUCAUUCGAAGGUUCAGGUAGUGAGACAACAACAGUCAAUAUUAAUAGUGGGGAAGUUCUUGACGAAAUUAAUACAAGGAAUCGUGGAGAGAUCCGCCUCAAUCAAAGCCCAAAAUCAAGGAGUUCAACUCCAACAUCAGUUGGAAAUAUCUCAAAGGAUUCACAGCAUUUGAGUAACUCAAUUGAGAGGGGAAACGAGCCUACGAUCAAUCAUGAAAGUGAUUAA